AUGUCGGCAAAACCAAGGUACUUAACAGACUCCGAGAGAGCCAAAGUGCUUGAAUUUCAAGACAUGAUUCACUACAGUCCUAGAUACAGUGACGAUACACACGAAUAUAGACAUGUUAUGUUACCCAAGAACAUGCUCAAAGUGAUACCUCAAGACUAUUUCAACCCCGAAACUGGGACAUUAAGGAUAUUACUUGAAGAGGAAUGGAGAGGAUUAGGUAUUACUCAAAGUUUGGGAUGGGUACAUUAUGAAACACAUGCUCCAGAGCCUCAUAUAUUGUUAUUCAAAAGACCAAUCAACUAUGGACAAUGA